UUCUAUGUAGAAACUCGCUUUUGACUACAUUGCCGGCAACAACUCCAAAAACUUGACACGCCAAAACACAACACCAAACUGCGACCAAGUAUAAUCGCAGUCCGAGAAUGCAGUAAAGUGGCAAGUUCUAAAUAUCAACCCGGGGUCUAGAUCUACUGCCUAUGAGUUACGAGGGAAGAUAAGCUCCUUUCGGCAGGACAAGCUUAGAGUGUUAGCCUUCUACACCACACUGCGCACUUAUUGGAAUGAAUUGCAGGCAGUUAGCAUAAAUCCACGUUGCUCAUGUGGGUCUUGUGCAUGUGAUGUAGCUCAGCAAGUACGUAGCAAGGAGGAUGCUGAACACAUGUUUGAUAUCUUACUUGGUCUUGAUGAUGCCUUCUCGGUGGUGCGUACUCAAAUUCUCAGCACGAAGCCCGUGCCGACUCUCGCCGAGGCUUACCAGCUAGUGGCAGCUGAAGAACAUCAGCGGCAGAUCACGGGGGCGCGACGUCCACUUGUGGAGGCAGCCGCUUUCCAAGUCAAUAAGGAAAGGGAUGCCGAUGACGAAAGCCAGCGCUGCUCGCACUGUAACAAGUUGGGUCACACGAAGGAAACAUGUUUUAAGCUUAUUGGUUAUCCUGGGGAUCAACGCAAAGGCACGCAGGGUAGCCGUGGAGAUCGACCGGGAGGGUGUAGCUUCAGCGGGUCUCGCAAGCAAAGGGGAGAAGGGAAAUCAAAUCCUCGUGCAGCCAAUGUAGACGCCGAGGACAGUCCAAUCUCCGGUUUCUCAGCCGACCAACUUGCACGACUCAAGGAGUUUUUCUCGGCCCCUCUACCAUCUCACAACGAACCGACAGCUCACAUGGCCGGUAACAAUCCCGAACCCUAUGAUCUACCAUCCCUACUUCAAGUGGUUGCGCAUCUAGUACAGUUGGUGUCAAAAUAGGGCUAUAUAAAGCCAAUAUCUGCUUCAAGUGGUUGCACAUCUAGUACAAUAGAAAGAGUCUUGUCCUGGGGAAGCAUCGCACAACUUUGGAGGUACGGUGAUAUUUUUUGAGUUGUGAAUUAUAGUGAAUGGGAGCAUCAAUUUAUAGAGAAAAAAAUUAGUUGUGUCCUUCUAGGCAUGAAUUUCCUUUUGCUAGUAGGAUAUAGGUUAAGAGGUGUAUCCUACAUGAAAAAGAAUUUGGGUUCCUUAUCAAAAAAGGAAAAGGUAGGCCACGUUAUUUGGCUAAAAAUUGUAUUAUUAACCGAGUUGGAGAGGGACACCCUCUUGGUGUGUUUCGUUUACAUGGUUAGGAAGGAAUUACAUUCCUUAUAUGAUUUGGAAAUAUGACUAUAUAAAGCCAACAUCUACUUCAAGUGGCUGCGUAUCUAGUACAGUUGGUGUCAACCACUUAGUUCAUAAGAACUAGUUCUUAUACACUAUGUUGUGGGGGCAUUAGUUUACACCAAAACAAUUUUCAUUAAUUAUUGCAUGUAUGAACAACUUGGGCAAUUUAAUUAGCUGGUCUAUGUGUACAUGGAUGGUCCAAUUAAUCAAGUCGAGCCUUAGGAUUAAAGGAUGGUAGUGUCCAACAUAAUGGAUACCAUCCAAAGCCAAUAUUGGGUGGUAGUGUCCAAAUACAUGGAUACCAUCCCAAAUAUAAUGGACACCAUCCAAACUUAAAGUGGAUGGUUCCAUCCAACAACAUGGAUACCAUCCAAGAUAUUUGGUGUGUUGACCAUCUAAUUGGUCAUCCAUGGUACAUAGGGUUGAUUUUCCAGUGACAUGAUGACGUGUCGAAGGUGGUUACCAAAAGCAACAGCUGACUUGCAAAAGACGCUAGGAGAGGAGUUACUGGAUGCUACGUGGAGAAGAGAGAGAAGGCGGUUAGAGGGCGAGGCACAAUAAAACUUCCAAGGUGCUUCUGGAGGAUGACAGACAAAUCAAAUCACAAACAGUCUCUUCAAAAUUUGUCCUUUUCUCUCUAGAAUAGUAACCGUGGCAGUAGCAUCAGGGACCCUCCAAUGAGGCUUCUCUAUUAGUUGCAGUCAGUAAUUGCUGAGCUCUCAAGGAAUCUCCAUAGGAGUAGAGGUAACAGUAAGUAGAUCCUUCGAUGUAUGCAUCGAACACCCUCGUUCGAACAGUGUUUGAAGAGGUGUGAACCGAAUAACAUCAUUUGUUCAUUUUCUUGAAGUCAGGGUGCAUUGAUCACGCAAAAUUCCACCUGAAACGGAUCCUAUAAAAAAGUCAAAUAAACAAACCAAUAAACUCAAAAGCAAAUUUAAAAAAAUAAAAAAAACUCGUCGAUCUUCUGCCACCUGUGAGACUUGGCGUCACAGGCGGCUCCCUUUCUUUCUUCCCUCCUUGUUUGGAACUGCAACACAAAAAAAAACAACAUCAAAACGAAAAAGCUCAUAGAAAUUGAAUAAAAAAGCAAACCAAAAACUUACCCAACCCUCUCCACGGUUCGGAUGUAUUCCGCCUCCUGUAAGACCCGAAAGCUAGGCGAAUACUCUUUCUUCCCUCCAGCUAACACCAGAAAGGAAAUUUCAGAAAAGCAAAAUGGAUAAGAUAGAAUCAUAAACUCGAACAAAUCGAAUUAACGAAAAAAACAAAAGGAGAUCCCUCCAAUCUCCGUGUGAUGACGCCUCCUUCACCGCCAGAUUUCCAUCUCUGAUGAAACCUCAUCAACAGAGUCCGCCACCUACCCCAACAAAGAAAAAAUGAAAUCAAAAUGAAAAU